CGCCGCCGCAGUGCUGCUGCUGUGUCCGUCGACCGCAGUGGAGUUUGCUCCGAACGGACCGUGACCAUCGCGCCUGCGUCCACACGUACCACAUACGCACACGCGCACCAGUUGUCUCGCGCGCAGAAGAUAUCCGUCACCUCUUCGACGACGACACACGUUCGCCACGUACGAUCGACGACGGGCCCGCUCGCAUCCGCCGUCGCCCAUGAAGAUACGUGACGCCACCCGAGAGAUCCACCACCUCGCACCACAGGUCUGAAAUGUCAUCGGAAAUGUUGCGCGUAGACAAUCUGCGACAAAGGUUGUUCUGUAAUUCCGUGUUGGACACGAAAAGGGAAAGCCGGUGUCCCGUGUGCAACGCCAUGUUCUCGACCACUUACAGUAUGCGUCUGCACUUGCAGACUGUCCACAUGGACUUAAAACCACAAAAUCUGACCGCCAAAACGUUUUACCGCGAGUUCAAUAACAACAAUAGCAUAAAUAACAACAACAAUAACAGCAGUAAUAACAACAACAACAGCGCGGCAUUCGCCGCAAAGUCACCAGCGAAAACGAUGUCGUUCAACAACAGCCCGGAACUCGCGCACGUCACACCCGUCAAGUCUUCGUACAACGGUGACUCGACGUGCAGCACGGACUUUAGCGAUGGAUAUCCGUCGGACAAGGAUUCGUAUUUUGGCGGCUCGCCCAAGGACGAAAUUCCUCUGUCCGUGGUGGGUGGCGGUUUUAUGUCACACUCGCCGGCCAACAAGAGGAGCAGCAACGGUCACAUGAAGGCCAAGCGCACGUACGCGUGCAGGCUGUGCUCGACCGUAUUCGGCAACCUGCGAGCGCUUAAGGGCCACAACUCGUCCAGCCACAACAAGUCCACCAACGGCAUGUACGCGUGCAAUAUAUGUGAGUUCGCCAGCACUGAAAAGGCGUCGCUGAACCACCACAUGAAAGGCCACACGGGCGAGACGCCAUACGUGUGCAAAAAGUGCUCGUACGCGUUCACCACAAAGGCCAACUGCGAACGGCACCUGCGCACUAUACACAAGGCAUCCAACGCCGAGGUAAAGGCGUCGAUACUCUUCAAGAACGAGGAUAAACCGGCUGGGUCGGCGCAGUCGACCAACGACGAGGCAACCGCUGACAAGAGCGAAGAACUGUACCAUCACCUGCGUUUGCAGCAUCACAACCAAACGACGACGGACUAUUCCCAGUACGAAUCGUCCGGCCAAAAGAGCUCGGAGGACGACGAGGACGAGUACGACGAGCCGCUGGACCUGAGCAUGAAGCGUUUUAAACAGGACUUGGACUGCGAACCGCAAGAUUUGUCCAUCAACGGCAAGAGGUCGUCGUCGUCGUCGUCGUCCGCUGCCGCAGUUGCUGCCGGUGAUCACACGGACGAGGAGGACGUCAAACCGACCGAAACGAUGGCGUUCCGUGAGCAAUUCGUGCCACACGCCCCGCCCGGCUUCAUGGACCUGUCGUUACCCACACCUUUGCACGCGUAUUUCCUCAACGAGCACCGCAUGUUCUUCAACGGAAUGUACCCGGCCGCGGAACGCAUGCUACCCAUACCACUCACCGUCGACAUGAUACGAGCAAUGCGGCAGAUGAACGAACCAGUGGUAGUCCCAGCUCAAGAGCUGGCAGACCCCAUCGUUCCACCAAAGCCAGAGACGCCCGAGCCCGCGGUCGUGCCGCCUCCGCCACCAGCACCACUGUCCGUGGAUGUUGCGCAAAAACCAAAAGACAGCAAUGGGUUGCGGUUGGUGAUGAAAAACGGUAUUCUAGUGCCCAAACAGAGACGGUUUAGGACGGACAGGCCACAUGUCUGCGAGACGUGCAAACGGGCGUUCACGUUGAAGUCAAACCGCGACCGGCACGUUAAAAACCAACAUCCGACCGAUUGGCACAAGAAACCCCGGUCGUUGUCGUCCAAGUCAGAACCGCAGUUCUCGACCGUCAAACAAGAACAGCAGGACACGUCGCCAAUUUCGGAUCAAGUGAAAAUGGCCUUGUCGCUGAAAUGCCGGCCGUCAGAACAGCUGCUGCGGACCGAAGACGAAGUGGAUGAGGAUGAAGAAGAUGACGACGUAGUGGAAGAGGAGGACAAACUCGUCAUAGUAGAAGAUGGCGUAGAGCACAACAAGCCCGCUGGAGUCAAGGAAAAGUGCACUGAGGUCAAAGAGGAGUCCGCCGAUCUGGUCAGUGUGUCCAGAUUGCUGGACAACGCUUCACACCAGACAUUUCCGCAGUUCACCAGAUCUGACGAGGACCACAACGAGGUGACCAGCAGUGAAGAAGAGCACAGUGAGGCUGCCAGCUAUUCCGAAAACGACGGUUCUAGUAUCAAUGCCGUCAACAACAACAUCGAUAUAAAUUUUAACACGGACAAGGACGAGAACCGGGAAAAGCGGAAGAAGGUCAGUGCGUACGCGGCCGCGCCCAACAGAGUGCUGUGCCCGUUCUGUUACCUGUCGUUCCCGUGGACUUCAUCACUGAAACGCCACAUCCGCACACACACGGGUGAAAAGCCGUACCAGUGCAAACACUGUCCGCUGUCGUUUUCGACCAAGUCAAAUCGCGACCGGCACAUCCUGCGCCUGCACUGCACGCCGCCCAGCAAGUCAGCCGCGUCGUCCGACAACGAGACGACCGCCGCGGCGCCGACCGACGCUAAGAACGCGUACAAGUGCACGUCGUGCCCGAACGUGACGUUUUCCAAGCGCAAGAACCUGAUCAGCCACAUAAAUCGGGUGCACUUCGACAAGAACGGCGGCGGCGGCGGUGGCGCCGCGGGAGAGGAUGACGAACGAGGCGGUGACGGAACCGAGGAUGACGGUGGCGAGUCGGAACGUGACUUCUCGAUGGCCAUGUUCAACGGAUGGUGCGGCAACAACGCGGCCCCGGCGACCACCACGGCCAACACCACCACACAGUCAGCCGCCGCCGCCUCCACCAUCACCCCGUCCAACACGGUCACCGGAUCCGAACCGUGUUUCAAGUGUCAUCUGUGCGAUAGCAGCUACCUGGACAGACAGGGCGCUCUGGAUCACAUCCGGAUCGACCACGCCGAGUGUUACGAGAUACUGGUAUCGCAGGGGGCCAUGGACAACGACCAUGACUCGUCGGCCGUCAAACAAGACGACGUGGAAAACAGAAAGGUCCUUUGCGCGUUCUGCCUGCACCGUUUCUACUCGGCCGAGGACCUGCGCCGUCACAUGCGCACCCACACCAAGGAACAGCCGUUCGCGUGCCUGUCGUGCAAGCGUCGGUUCACGCUCAAGCACAGCAUGGUCCGGCACAUAGCCAAAAAGCACGGCGGCUGUCAAGACCAGCAGUACGGAGGCGGCGCUGGAGGCGGUAGCGACCACGAACGGAGGUCCGCCAGUCCUCCGAGCACCCCUCCGCCGACGGGACCGAUCACCGGUUACGAGGACUGCUGCGGCAACCGGACGGACACGGGCCUGAUCGGCACGCUGCUCGGCAUCCGAGACAGCACGGUCAUCGACCAGGUGUUGCAGACGAAGUCGCCCGAAGACGCGGCCAAAAUGUUGGGAAUCAAAAGCAGCAGCGACUAAAGACCGACACCCGCGCACAGGCCGUGACCGGGUUCGACCCACUUGUAUGAUAAUUUUGUCAAUAAUUUUACACACAUAUUAUUAUUAUUAUUAUUAUUAUUGUACCCUAUACAUAGAGAGAGAGAGAGAGAGCGUGUCGUCGGCAGACGACGCUUAUAAUAUUAUAGUGUUAAGUAUAUAUUAUUAUUAUUAUUAUGUUAUUUUAAAUUAUAUUAUAAGAAAAUACGCGUUUUGCCGUAUAUUAUUAUACUUCAAUCGUGUUAUUGGCUGACCGUUGUUGCCUUAUUAAAUUUUAGUCGAUAUUAUUGUAGAGAUUGGCCGCCGAGCGUCUACAAUAAUAUCAUUAUUAUUAUUAAUUGUAUUCUAAGAAAGUAAAUUGUAUUUUUAAACUGUUUAUCACUGAAACAGUUACGGAUCCGUUGUGUAUCGUUAGCGUAGUUGUAGUAUUGUAGGUAAGUUUUGUAGUAAAAUAUUAUAGUUGUUAGUAUCGUCGGUGGUGUAAUUGACGAGACGGAGUCGGUAUCGAAAAAUAAGAAACUGCGUCAGCAUUUCUAUUUUUCGAUACCGACUCGGUCUCCAAAGUCGUUUUUGACGUCUCCUGCAAAUUUAAUCUCUCCCCCCUCCCAAGGGGAAACGACCUUGUCGACCGCUGCUGAGGUCGUCUGUGUCAACGAUAUAAAAAAUUUAUAAUAUUGAUUUUUUUUUUGUUAUACCAUCAUGUUUCGUGUACGACAACUACCACCGCGGUAUCGGUAAUUUCACUUUUUUUUACGAUUACUUAUUUGUUUUUCUUUCGUUUUGCGUGUUCCUCUUUCGGUACGCGCGCCCGCGAACGUCUCGAGUUCGCGUUUUCUCGCUCGACACUGGACGACGAGUAAACGUGCACUCGACGGUUCGCGGAUUCAAAGGUUUUUUUUCGUUCCGCAUAAGCUCUUCGUCUCUUACGGAAAUUCCCGCAACGGCCGAAAAUAUUAUUCGGCAGAAAAAUCUUUCGACUCGCGUCCGUACUCUCUCGCCGUAUAUUAAUGCAAUUUCCACCGAGUCGGCUCCGACGUCGAUCGCCGGAUUGACGCGCAACCAAACGUACACGCGCGCUCGUCGGUUUCCCGAGAGCCUGGUCGACGGACGACUGCGUACAAGGGAGGAGCGUCUAUGUCCCGGAGAAUUAAAUCUGAAUUAAUAACGUAACCUGUACAUACACCCCCAAAUUAAAUACUAUUGGUUUGCUUAGUCUUAAGAGUGUUACUCACUACCUAUAACGAUGUUUUUUGACACACCACAUACGGGACCGCGAGCGGUUUCGUUGUUUUUGAAAUUCGCAAGUCUGCGUGACUGCACUAACAUAAUAUAUAUAUAUAUUACUAUAAUACUUCUGUAAAACGAAAUCAUAAAAUAUAAAAUAAUAUACCAUCAAUAAUAAUAUUAUUAUUACUACACAUAAACGGGGUUGUUAUCCUAUAGCUGACAUUAAUGUAUAUGAUUUAUUGAAUUAUAGACUUCUAGAAAUGUUUAAUUAUGGAUUAGUAAUAUUAGAUUUUAUCGAUAUACAUAUGCAUUUAUAUGUGUGUGAGUGUGUGAGUGUAUGCCAUGUACUAUAUAUUAUUAUUAAGCACUGUUUUAUUCAUUAUUAUAUUUAUUAUUAUUAUUAUUAUUAUUCGUCAAUUUUGGGCUGCACUAUUAUUAUUAAUUGUGCGUUAAAAGAAAAAAAAAUGAAAAAAAAUAUUAAUAAUUUUAAAGAAAAUAUCUAGUCGAGCGAGAGGUGUAUUUUAAUGAAAUAAUCUAGUAUAAUAAUAGUGUAAAAAAUGUAUGUACUGAGCCCUCGACGUUUUUGGCCAUAAUAAUAUCUAAUAUCGUAUCGAUAACAGACGUGGUUAGAUAAUAUAGUUUUUUAGUCGUGUAAGGCACAUCCCUUUUCUUCCUCUCUGUACAUUCCUCUUUGUUCCAAAUCCAUCAUGAUAUUAUUAUAAAGGUUUAUAAUUUUUUAACCAACAAUUAUUAUUUACUUAUAGAUAGAUUUUUUUCCAGACUGUAAACAUUUUUUUUAUCUCAUUAUUUUUUUAUGUAUAUACCUACAUAAUAUAUUUAUAAUAUAACGUGUGUAAGUUGGCAUAUUUUAUCAUUUUUUUUUUUCGUGGUUAUUAUUUUAUGCAAGUGAUACUAGUCGUUAUAUAUAUUGGUUAAAGUUUGUCCCAUUAUUAUUAUUAUUAUUAUUAUUAUAUACCAUUAUUAAACAGUCGCCAACAUUAUUUUAUUUAUAUAGACUAAACGCGAAUGUAUACCUUAAUUAUAAUUUCUUAUGUAUAGUAAUAUAGACAGUGCUAAAGCAAUAUUAAUCAUUACCUAUAUUUAAAUUAAUUUAUUAUAAUAUUUAUCUCGUAGUUCUAUUGUGUGUUUGAACUCCGAUUAAAAUAAUAAUAAGCAAAAAAGCAAUAAUUUAAAAAGAAAUCGUAUAUUAUGAUAUUGUAUUUAUUAUUAAUUUAUAAAAGUUUGUUUUUGAAAAGUAAAAUAAACUUC